AUGCCUCUCCCUCCACCUCUAACCCACCUCCUCUCUGCAGCCCGCCAUGCGAGCGCCGGCGGCCUCAUGCGCGGCGGCAGGAGCGCGGCGGCAGCAGCAGUCCCCGCCGCCCUCGUCGCACGCUUCAGCGCAUCGCCGUCCACCGCGCUGAAGAAGCACGAGAUGCCACCCCGGCCCAAGCCGCCUCCGGACUCCGAGCUGGAAGAGUCGUACCUCAAGGGCAGCGGGCCGGGUGGUCAAAAGAUUAACAAGACAAGCUCGGCUGUGCAACUCAAACAUAUACCCACCGGCGUCGUCGUCAAAUCCCAAGCUACCCGUUCACGAGACCAAAAUCGCAAGAUUGCACGCGAGAUCCUGGCUCAAAAGCUCGAUGACAUGCGCAACGGAGACCAGAGCCGUUCGGCCAUUGUGGGUGAAGUGAAACGUAAGAAGGCGGCUAGUGCGUCCAAGAAGAGCAAGAGGAAAUAUCGCAAGUUGGAGGAAGAAAAGGCCGAGUUGGCGAGCAGCGAUAUCGGAGUUGCCGACGCUGAGGCUUCUGCAACGGACGCAGAUGCCACAGAACAACCUGUGGAAGAGCGGGCGGACGCCCCGACCGCCGAUACCAAACGGUAG